GGCUUGCAGCCUUCGCCACCGCAUCCUUGCCUCACCACCUUUGCCUCAGGUACCCUAAUGGCCUCUUGAUUCACUUCACGCUCGCAUUCCAAAGCCUACCCCAGCCCCCUGUUCGCAUUCAUGACCACAACUUCCUUCUUUCAGCCAUGUUUCAGCCCCCAAUCUCCGACUUCGAGUUGCCCAUUCAUCCAGACACAUCCUCGUAAGCUCGCAUACUCAACUCCACCUACUUCUCCCCUUGAGAUCAAGUGGUCUCAAAUGAUGCCAAGUGAGCUCUACGCAUUUGGCACAAACGAGUCGAGGCCUUAUCUCCGCGGACAUCCCAACGGCCACAAGACAUUUGGAGACGAUCCUGAAAGCGAACUCAGUGAACCUGCUAGCAGUGUUCAUUCCCCAUCUGGGGUUAGGUUCACCGAACUUGAGGACGAGAUUGUUGUCGGUGAGCGUAACGGCCCCCGAAAGUUGUCUCCUCUCCGCGUUGUGUCGGAUCGCGAAGACGAAGUCAUGGCCGACGCAGAUGAUGAACCCAUCAUCUCCCACUAUCCGAAGCGGAAGCGCACCUCUCUCUUUAAUGAUCUGAGUGAAAGCAAAAUCGAGAUUCCUAAGAGUGUUCCCGACGACAAGCCUACAAUCCUAGAGGUUCUCAAGCCCAAACCUGCUCGACACAGCCUAAGCAGUGUCAAAGGUGCCAUCCUCGGAUAUUGGAGAGACUCUCCCGCGCCUGAUGAGAGAUCCAAGCAUGCAGUUAUUGGCUUCAUUGAUGUUAGGGAUCGACUGCGAACUCGUAUCCAGGCCAUCAACACCGUCGGCGAAUCGGUGACAGAACAGUAUCCCCUACCCCCAGGCCCUGGCGGAAGUUGGGUUACCUUUGAGCGCAUCGUCUUCUCGGAUCAUCUCGUGAAUCUAGAUCACCACCAUGUCAAAGAAUACGUCAGAAUUCGUUCCGACCCGCCCGAAGAAACCGAUGAGGAGCGCAAGGCCGCAGAGAAGUCAGCUGUCAGGGAGGCAAAGCAACGCGUCAAGAUGAACCCUCUGAUCGAAAACAAUCCGAACCCCCCUCUCAUCGCCUAUGGGCUGGAAAUGCCCGAGCAUCUUGCGACCCCAAACCGCGGUGAUGCAAAGCGAAGAAGAGUUAGUGGUGGCUUCGCGACGAUCAAUCCUGCUCCAACUAAUGGAGUUUCUCACGAGCAGUCUGGUGCCGCACCUCAUCCGCUGGCGGCACAACCUAUGCGACCUCCUGUCGAUCCGCUUCCAGGAACGCGUCCAACACGCAUUCUGUUGGGAUACUGGAAGGGAUCUAGUGAACCCAGCCUCAAAGAUCGCCACGCAGUGUAUGGCAUCCUGGGCCAGAACGACAUGUUCCGCGUUAAGCUCGUCCGAGAGACCCGCGAUGGCCGCUUUGUUGACGGAAACUUCCCGAUUGGCGCCGGUGCUUUGUGGAUCCAAUAUGAGGAAGUUGAGUUUGAGGAUCACCUAAAGCCUCUGGCACGACUAGAGAUCAAGGAGUACUGCCGAGUCCGACAGUGGCAGCUUGACCAUGGUGAAGCCCCAGAAGACCGAACUGCCAACGAGGCAAAGGCCGUUCACGAAGCUCAAGCCCGUGUUGGAAAUGGGUUUAAAACUAUGCCCAUUAUGAACCCGUCUUACCCCCCAAUCGCUCCCGAGCCGCCCGCUGAAGUUGUCGAUCAGAAUGGAAAGGCCGGCUUCGGCGGCCAUGAGUUGCGUCAAAGUCGCCGCGUCGAGGCAAAGACUGAUGCCCGCCCAGCCCGACAGCCACUCCCCAAUGGUGAGGUCCGACCAACAGUGAACCGAGCACAGAGUGGCGAUGCUCUUGAGCGAACCAACUCACUGGCUCGUCGCGAGAUCGCUCGAGCUGAGGCUGCCCAAGGUCGCGCCGACCGACACGCAGCUAACCGAGAACGUGCUGCUGCUGCUGCCGCCGAUGCCACUGCUGCCGCCGCCGCCGCGAUCCCCGCGAUCACCACAAACGGCAGAAUGCGAUUCCACGAAUCUGAAGAGAUGCAGCGCCUGAACAAGGUCUGGGCCCGCCAGGAGAGCCUCCGAGUCAAGGCUGGCGCCGAGGAUGCAAAGAUUUAUGGAGGCGUCAAGUAUGAGCGAAAGGGCACUGGUCCUUUCAUGGGCAAGCUGGUGUCGCAGGGUACCAUAAUCAGUAUCGAUGGCGAGGACUACGUCGAGUAUCGUGUCCUCACCAAGCCAUCGUUCUUCUAGGACUCAAAUGGUCGUCCUCUGCCACACAGACGCCCUCUGCCACACAGACGCCCAUCGUGCCCCGAAUCAGCCAUGCCACCACCGCCAUCGAAGUUCCGACGACCCCAAUAGUUACCUGCAAAACAGAAUUUGGGGCAUUAUACACCUGAGACGUGCGUGUCGAAAUUAUGGGCCGUCGCCCAGGGUUACUCGAUCAGAUACAA